UAGGGGCAGUGAACACUUUGAGACAGAAGCUUUCGGGGAGGCGUUGAAGCCAAGCAUCACCUUCCUGCGACUAAAGCAACUGCAGGAGUCAGGGCUACAAGACCUCAGCACCAUCACCACGGGGAUGGUCGGUGCCUCCCACUCUUCUCACCAUCUCUCCAUCCCUUCAGCCCCCAAGCUCGCUCCCAGCCGCCUGCCGGCCUCCAGCACCCAGGUGUUGCACUUGCUGCGGCCCUUGCUUCCGACAGACUUCUUUUCCUUCCUGGGUCCCACAACCCCUCAUUCCCACUAACCCCCUUCUUUUGGAAAACCUACGUGUUCCCCGAGGAAGCUCCCACCUGUGUGCCUACCUCCCGCCUCCAGGCCGCCCCGGAGGCCACCCCCGCCCGUACGCCGCUACCCCACCAACAGAAGGCCAGGGCGGGCCGCUCGCAGCCCGCGUGAGCGGCACAGGGACCUGGGGAUCGUCAUGAGUCUGGGCGCAGACAGGCACAGGCGGCAGGGGAUGAAGAUGAGGAUAGAAAUGAGGCAUCCGCGGUGCCUAAGCGUGGCCACGGGGAUUUUUGCGCGGCGGCCUCCUCGUCCUCUCGCCGCCGCGUCUGCCUCCUCCCCGCCCGCCCCCGGCAGAGAGAUGCUGCUGCAGGCGGGUGGGUGGGCGCUCCUCCCUGCGUCAGGAGGUGCGGCUCCCCCGGCCCGACGCUGCCCUCCCCUUUCCUCUCCCCCCGCCGCUUUUAUGUCUGUCUUUAAACGCCGCCGCAGUGAGGGUUGGGCACAUGUGGCUGCCACCGCCUGCCCGCCGCUGAGCCCCGCGCCCGCACGGCCCCGCUCGCCAUCCUCGCCCGCGGGGGCACCCGGCCCCCCCCUUUUCGCAGCUGGCGCCCGGCGGGCGGAGAUACUUUCAGUAGAGCAAGUGUUCAGAAACAGAAGUCCUUACUCUUGAUUCCCUGGUUUCAAGGAUCCAUCAGGCACCAUCUUCAGUCUUUUUAUUCAGUGUUUUAUCCCAAGCAGAGGGAGAGUCUGCUUCAGUGUCCAUCUGUUUCAGCUGAACGUCAUCUCCUUGCUGUUUUUUCAAAUUACAAAUGCCUAAGAACAGCAAGGUAGUGAAAAGAGAUCUAGAUGAUGAGGUCAUUGAGUCAGUUAAGGACCUGCUGUCUAAUGAAGACUCUUCAGAUGAUGCCUUCAAGAAGAGUGAACUUAUGGUUGAUGAUCCAGAAGAAAAAGAUGUAGAUGUUGAAGAAGGCUCAGAUGUAGAAGAUGAAAGACCUGCUUGGAACAGCAAACUCCAGUAUAUUCUGGCACAAGUUGGAUUUUCUGUGGGAUUGGGGAAUGUGUGGCGAUUCCCCUAUCUGUGUCAGAAGAAUGGUGGAGGUGCCUAUCUUGUGCCAUACUUAAUCUUGCUACUGAUAAUAGGGAUUCCACUCUUUUUCUUGGAGCUUGCUGUUGGGCAGAGGAUCCGUCGAGGGAGUAUUGGUGUGUGGAAUUAUAUCAGCCCCAAACUUGGAGGAAUUGGAUUUGCAAGCUGCGUAGUAUGUUUCUUUGUGGCCCUGUACUACAAUGUCAUUAUUGGAUGGAGCCUGUUUUACUUUUCCCAGUCUUUUCAGCAUCCAUUACCAUGGGAUCAAUGUCCUUUAGUUAAAAAUGCAUCUCAUACCUUUGUGGAGCCAGAGUGCGAAAAAAGUUCUGCAACCACUUACUACUGGUACAGAGAAGCACUGAAUAUUUCCAGCUCUCUGUCAGAGAGUGGGGGUUUAAAUUGGAAGAUGACUAUCUGCUUGCUGGCAGCUUGGGUCAUGGUAUGCUUAGCCAUGAUCAAAGGCAUUCAGUCUUCAGGCAAAAUCAUGUAUUUUAGUUCCCUUUUUCCAUAUGUGGUACUUUUAUGCUUUCUGAUCAGAGGACUCCUCCUUAAUGGGUCAGUGGAUGGAAUUCGUCACAUGUUCACCCCUAAGCUUGAAAUAAUGCUGGAGCCCAAGGUCUGGAGAGAAGCUGCUACUCAGGUGUUCUUUGCCUUAGGGCUUGGAUUUGGUGGAGUCAUUGCCUUUUCAAGCUACAACAAGAGAGACAACAACUGCCAUUUUGAUGCUGUACUGGUGUCCUUCAUCAAUUUUUUCACUUCUGUGCUGGCAACUUUGGUGGUGUUUGCAGUUCUGGGCUUCAAAGCCAAUAUCAUAAAUGAAAAAUGUGUUACCCAAAAUUCUGAGAAGAUUUUAAAACUUUUGAAAAUGGGCAAUCUCAGCCAAGAUAUGAUCCCACAUCAUAUCAAUUUCUCAAGCAUUACAGCAGAAGAUUACAAUUUAGUGUAUGACAUUAUACAGAAAGUCAAAGAAGAACAGUUUGAUUCUCUUGGCCUGAAAUCUUGUCAAAUUGAAGAUGAACUUGACAAGGCAGUUCAAGGAACUGGUUUAGCUUUUAUUGCCUUUACAGAAGCAAUGACCCACUUCCCUGCUUCUCCUUUCUGGUCAGUCAUGUUCUUUCUCAUGUUAGUAAAUUUGGGACUUGGAAGUAUGUUUGGAACCAUUGAAGGCAUUAUCACGCCCAUUGUUGAUACCUUCAAGGUCAGGAAAGAAAUUCUUACUGUCAUCUGCUGCUUGGUAGCCUUUUUUAUUGGCCUGAUCUUUGUGCAGCGCUCUGGAAAUUAUUUUGUGACGAUGUUUGAUGAUUACUCAGCUACUCUGCCCCUGCUUAUCGUGGUCAUUUUGGAGAAUAUUGCAGUCAUCCGAAUUUAUGGAAUAGACAAAUUUAUGGAGGACCUGAAGGAUAUGCUGGGGUUUUCUCCAAGCCAAUAUUAUUACUAUAUGUGGAAGUAUGUUUCACCAUUUGUAUUGCUAUGUUUGCUGGUAGCUAGCAUUGUCCAAAUGGGAUUGAGUCCUCCUGGUUACAAUGCUUGGAUUGAAGAUACGGCUAUGGAAGAGUUCCACAGCUAUCCAACAUGGGGGAUGAUUGUCUGUAUAUCUUUGAUGGUGUUGGCCAUACUGCCAGUCCCAAUAGUCUUCAUGGUACGCCGUUGCAACCUUAUUGAUGACAGUUCUGGUAGUUUGGCAUCUGUAUCCUACAAAAGAGGUCGGAUAAUAAAGGAACCUGUUAAUCUGGAGGGAGAUAAUACGAGUCUGAUUCAUGGGAAGAGUCCAAGUGAAGUGCCGUCUCCAAAUUUUGGCAAAAACAUAUAUCGAAAACAGACUGGCUCGCCGACUCUGGACACGGCUCCAAACGGACGCUAUGGUAUUGGCUACCUGAUGGCAGAUAUGCCUGACAUGCCAGAGUCUGAUUUGUAACCACAGAACAAAAAAAGUGCUGUUUGUUUCUUCUCUCACUGAUCACGGCCCUGCUGUGAGAAGUGGUCAGCGUCACUUACUAGGAUGCAGUCUCAGGUGCUCCAUAGUGACAGUCUUUAAAAUGCCAUGACUGUACAUACUGGUUGAGAAAAUUCACGUUGGAUUAAUUCUCUGAGUUUUUAUUUGCACUGAAGGAAACAUUCAAAUGCAAUGGCAGGGCAGCCUACAUCUGCCAGCAUAGCCAAGAAUUUGAUUUUUUAAUUAACUUCUAAAUUUAAAGCUUUCUAUUUUUGAAGCCCAGGUCUUGCUCAAACGAUGAAAUAUUUCUGAGGUUGUGUCAUUGGAAAUCAGUUUUUUUUCUGCUGAAUUUCAGGUUGACUCCCAAGUAUUAAUGGUGAGCUCAGUAGUAGUUCACCAAACCUGUUUUUGUGUAAACACUGUAUAUACCUUAUGUAGAUAUGCUGUACUUAUUUUAUUAGCACUGAUAAUUACUUAGGCUCUUAGCUGAGUAAAAAACAAACCUGCAAACUAUUUUCUUAUGUAAUAGCUGUAUAGAGCAAUAGUAUUAGAAAAUCAAGGAGUAGACUUAUAGAAAAGUGAUCAAAGAUUCCCUGUUCACUGGGGACUGCGUAAACUGUGGCUGUAUAUUUUGUGUAAAAUAUUUGCUUUUUCAGUGUGAAAACAAUGUUAGAGUGAGUCACUCCAAGAAUCUUAAGGAUUGUGCAGAUUCUGCAUUUUUUUCUAUGCUGUGUGCCUAAAAAAGACCUUGAUAUUUAUUGUGGUUACAAGAUUACAUAUAUAUUAUAUUUAUAUAAUAUACUUGUAAUGUAAAUAUGUAUAUUAUUCUGUAUGUAAUCGUUUCAAAAGUUGAAGCAAGAUGGCUUUUUAAAUUAGUCUCUUCAGUUUUGCUUCUCUUUUAUGCAGAUAAUUUUUUUUUCAGUCAGUAAUUGUUAAGAACUGUAUGGCAUUACAUUUUAACCAACAAAUAAAGAGAUUGAUAAGGUA